GCAGGGUCGAAUCUUCGCGCAAAGGGCCACUCUCUAAAGCCUCAGUCUCCUCAUUUCUAAAAUGGGGAUGUGCUAAAAGUACUUUUCGAGGAGAUAACGAGCGCCUUACAGUCCAGGAUGUCUCUGCGUUUUCGUAUUUGUGAGAUGGGGGAUGAAGAUAUCACCUAUGUGGCUUGCUUUGAAGAUCAUCGAUUUAGUAAAUGUAAACUAUUUCCCGGCACGUGGAAUGAUCUGCUUAUCUCUGCUUUCUGGAGUUCAGCACUAGAAACUGUCAGCCAAUGCCUUACAGAACAGCUGGGACAGCAGAAGCCUCCUGUGAGGACACUGUUGGAAGCCUUUGGAAGCCUGCACCUUGACUCACCACUAGGUAAAUCCGAUGUGGCCCAUGCCUCCAGCCCAGGAGAAACCCUGGACCCGGGAACCUGCCAUGUGAAGUGUGUGUGUUAUGGCAUUGGGAACUUUGCCACCUGUAUCACAGCAAGGAUCCAGCUAGCAUUUCUGCUUCUCUUCCUGGACAAGUGCCAGACUCCUAGAAGUCACUGCUGGGUCUACGAUCCUCUGUUCAGUCCACUGGAAAUCGCAGUUCUUAACACCCUUGGUGUGACGGUUCUCAGUGAGAAUGAGGAAGGCAAGCGGAGUGUUUGUGGGGAACUCACCAUCUUCUACAUGCUGCACUGCGGGACCGCCUUGUACAACAAUCUUCUGUGGAGCAACUGGUCAGUAGAUGCCCUGUCCAGGAUGGUCAUCAUCGGGAACAGUUUCAAAGGCCUUGAGGAAAGGUUGUUGACCAGGAUUCUGCAGAAAAAUUAUCCCUAUAUUGCCAAGAUUCUGGAAGGACUGGAGGAGGUGGAGUUUCCUCAGACUGCAGAGUACAUGGACACAUUUAAUGACACCUCUGUCCACUGGUUCCCUACACAAAAGCUGGAACGGCUCCCCAGGGAUCUGUGGACAUUUCGGGAGGAACCUGAUUACCAGGGCUGUGAGGACCUUGAGAUCAUCAGGAAGACAGACCCUCCCACUGUGAACCCUCCAUGAGGUGCUCAGCGCUGCCGUAGAAGCUGCCGCCAGCCAGAAAGGAAGGCUGCUGGGGAGAGACGCAGAGGAACCCUUUGCAGUGGGCCAAAUGUCCCAGAUGAGAACUGAUAGUACAGCAAGGGAGCUGUCCUGUUUUAAGGAUAACAUGCUGUGUAAGAACUCAAUAUAAAGAUGUAUGAACUUCUAAAAUAGCAUUUUUAUACCCCUCCCUGGAGGCUUGGUCUGAUGUAGAGUAUCUCCACGUUAGUAUGUGACGCCGGGGAUUGAACCAAGGGCUUGUGCAUGGUGAGCAAGUGCUCUACCACUUGUGGAAAGGCACCUGAAGAGGUGACUGGAUCUUGGGGACACUACUCCUGAGAAAAUUACUCACUGAUGUAUGAGCUGCAUGGGCUGUGAGGAUGUGGGGCCCAGCUGGAGGCGGUCCCCGGGGCCGUGCCAUUAGAGGGAAGGUCUCUCACGGGCACUCUUCCCCUGUGCUCUGCUUCCUGGUUGCCAUGCAUGCAGCUCUGCUCCACUACACCCUCUGCCGUGUUCCUGUCCUACAGCCAGCCAAGCGUGGGUUUGUGAGACUUUUGGCCAAAUAAAGCUCUCCUUUUUUAA